GUGAAAGAAAACUUGGUACAGUAAUUACACCUGAUACCUGGAAAGAUGGUGCAAGAAACACAACAGAAAGUGGUGGGAGAAAACUAAAUGAAAACAAGGCAUUGACAUCAAAAAAGGCAAGAUUUGAUCCUUAUGGCAAAAACAAAUUUGCAAUAUGCCGGAUUUGUAAAAGUUCAGUUCAUCAGCCAGGCUCUCAUUACUGCCAGGGAUGUGCAUACAAAAAAGGUAUCUGUGCAAUGUGUGGAAAGAAAGUCUUGGAUACAAAAAACUACAAGCAAACAUCAGUUUAAUUAUUGUGAUUUAUUUCUUUUGUAAUUGACACUUUGAACUUUGAAGCAAUUGCUGGACAUCAUCAUUACUGAUAAUACGAUGAGAAACCUCUAAAGAACUUGCAUGGGAUAAUUGUGCUAUUUUAUAUCUAAGUUUAAAUCUGCAUUAAUGGCUAUAUUAAUUUAGAAUAAGACAUAUUUGUUCACCAUAAUUUGAUUAGUCAGAAUCUUCAUUUGGAAUUUGAUAGAUACGGUUAGCACCAACUAGGAAAAAAAUAAAGUAAAAUGAAUACAUAAGUGCUUAAAGGACAUUUAAAAUUUCUUUUAGAGAAACUUGAGGGUUAGUUUAAUAGUUUAACUUUCUCAGUGACUAAGCUGCUCUUACAUUAAGAAUAAGAAUUGCUGAAUACACCAGCAAAACUUUAAUAAAAUUGGCAUGUGAUGAUUUAUAGGGUAAAUGAAUAUUUAAAUGUAAUACUAUGUAAAUUUAGCAAUUCAUCUACACCAAUAGGCAAUUCUUCAGUUUAUUUUUGUUACAUGCUUAGAAUUGCUUGCAACAAGAGCUUUCAGAGCAUCUGGCAAAUAACAAUAUAUGAAUAUUGAAUUUCAUUAUGCUGGAUUGGUUGCACAUUCUAAAUAGUGUACGUCGGUUGAUAACUGUGCUUUUACUUAAAAUUGGCAUUAUUUUAAAUGUUAACCUUAUAGUGGCUUAAGUUUAAAAUAGCAUUAAUAUUUCUAAAAUAUAUCUCUAGCUUGAUGAUGUACAAUUAGUGUUCAAGAGAAAGAACGCAGAGUUCCUAAUUUGUUGUGCUCAUAGUUUGGAUUUUAUUUUGUGAGUCUCUUGUAUGCAGUACCACAAUAUUCAAUAAUUAAUAUGGUGUUUGUGCAUUUUUAUCAGUGUGUUGCAGAAAACUAGCAAGCUUUUCAUUGGAGAGGGAAUUAUAUUGGCCUGUGUUACUAUGGUCUACCUGACUGGAUAGAGUGAUAUUGGUUUGAUUCUUUUCUACCAAUUUGUAGGUGCAAUAUCAGAAUUUUAAAAAAAUGAUUAGAAAGGGGCAAUCAACAUAAUUCCAGUCAUGUUUAAUUAAUAACUUUUAUGAACUUGAAAAUUUUAUUGUGAUAUUAUUCAGUUUGAUUGUUUUGAGGCUCUAUCCUAGUGCCGAUGUGAUUUUUUUUUAAUUUUCACAAAUGCCAAUGGCUCUAGGGUCAAUAGAAAUGUUACUUUGAGUUGAGUAUGUGAAAAAUGGACAGCCAUAUGAAUAUGCUACUUAACUUUGAUCCCUACAACUGAACCAUGGGAUAUAAUUGUGGCCUAAUCACAAUGUGAUAAGAUAUACCUCUACACACACACACACACACACACACACACACACACACACACACACACAAGCUGCAUUCAAUACCAAACCUAUGAGAUUCCCCCAUCCCCAACCCAAUAACUUGUAAGAAAACAUUUACAGCAAGCAGAAUUGACUCUGAAAGCAAUUGGGGGAAUAAUCAGACAGGAGUCUAUAGCCCAGUAAACCAAAUUUUUAUUUUUACUAACCAUAUAUCAAAGUUAGUAUAGCCAGCAUGCAAACCUAGUAGGAAGUGAUAAACGUUACAAAGAUGAGCUCAUAAAAAGCAUUCCAGUGUCAUUUUAUUAUUUAUUUAUUUGUAUCCCAUCUUUAUUAUUAAUUUAAGACAUAACUCAAGGUGGAGAACAUAUCCAACACACUUCCCUUCUCCUAUUUACCCGACAGCAGCUACUCUGUAAGGUGGGUUGGGCUGAGAAAGAAUGCCUGGUCCAAAGUCAUCCAGCUUUAAUUUAUCCUAUGUCUUUUUCCUUUUCCUUGUCUUUGAAAUGUAAAAAGCCAAAAGCAUGUAAGCUAUGGUUCUGCUUUUGGUCAAGGCUGCCCAGCUGGGUGAUGAGCCCAGUGUACAUUGGUUGAUUGUUUUUAUACUAAUAAAUUUAUGUCGUAUCUUCA